UUUUUUUUCUAUAUUUGUUGAUAGCAAAUUCUUUAAAGGUUAUGAUACUCGCCGAAGACACUAACAACAUUUAAAAAUACUCUUAACAAGUCGUCCCCAUGCCCAUGUUCCUUUACCUGCUAUUUCAUAUCCGUGAACGAUUAUAUCAGGACGGGGGAGUUUAAUUGUAUUUAAUUUGUGAUGGUAUAAACUACAGCGAUUAUUUUAAGGAUCAAGUCUUAUCAGCCUUCAACACUAUAUCGGAGAAGCUAAAACAAGGCACCAUGAAGCUUGUCGAACUAGCUUGUGCUUUAAUGAAUUACACAGAGGAAUCGAAAGUAAUUUCGUUACAGCUUUCUGGGUCUAAUAUAGGACUUUAUAUGUAUCAAUUGUUCCAUUUGACAGAUGAAAGAAGGGAUGGGGUUACCAUGAAAAAAUGUAAGGCUAUUUACGACCGACCCAGAAAAACUUUACCCAACUGAAAAAAAAUUGGUAAUUGUCUCUUCUUCUUUUCUUUAGAAAACUGAAACUUUUUUCUGAUUUUUUCUAUAUGUAGUGUGCUAGUCAUUUUUUUUUUUUUAUUUUUUUUUGUGCGCUUUUCCAAGAUACUUUCGUUUUUAUCCAAAAAAAAAUUCUUUUCUUCUAACCUGUCCAGAAGUAUACCUGCCUAUAGUAAAAAUGGAGGGAAAUAGCAAAGAACAUACAAUGUAUUUGUGCAAGCAGGAGAUCUACAAAAUAUAUUUUAAUUUAAACUUGAUGUGUGGAGUGUCAGAAAGACCUCAUCCUUAAACUUAUGGAAUUAUAAUUGAAAUUUGCUGUUUGAUGUACGUGAUUUUUUAUAUGAUUUUGUAAUGUGAAUUAUAUCCGUGAUAGCGGUGAUAAAAUAAAUUGAUGUUUGUUGAUUUUUGUUUAGUUAUCAGUUAAAUCUUUAACACGUUUUUGUAAGUGCACGAGUACCGGAAUCUGUACAGGUAGAUGUCAUCUCCUUGACAACAACUUCCCUUGCUUGCAGGACACAUCGAGUGUAAAAAGGUCUUUUAAAUAUUUAAAUUGACUCAUUAAGGAUUAUUGAUUAUCAUUAAUUGUAUAUCAUACUUGAAUUAAGCAAUGAAAUUUCAUUUGUUUAAACAUUGUAUGAUUAGUAACAAUGUUUUGAAGGAUGAGAUCGAAGGUGUUAAAUUAAUUAAUUAGUCAGGCAUUAAUCACGAGAGUUUUCCUACCUGUAACUACCGUAUAAAUCCUGUUGUGGAUUAUGCACCUGAUAUGCUAAAUCCAACAGAAGGGGUUUAAUCUUGAGCCUAAAGUUGAGUGCUGUCAUAAGUUUUGUUUAAAUUUUGUUGAAUGACCCAAUAGAUUCCGGCGUUGUGAAAGUAAUAUCGGGUUUAAUUUAGCUGUAUUGUAAUCAAUAAACCCAUUCUUUUCCCUCCGCGUACGUGGACAGCCUAUUGUAUGCCGAUUGUUCUCUAUGUCGACAUGCAUUUCAGCUAACUGGACGCAUGUUUGGAGGUUUACGAAUAGCACUAAGGCGUAAACAAUAAAUGAGAAUUUAAAUCCCGUCAAUAGAUAUUUAUAAAACGUCGUACAGAAACAAGUUAAAGCGUGAAGAAAAGUUGUAAUAACUUGAUACCCUCAAUGACAACGCAGAACGACCCCGGAGCAGUGCUGCCAACAAGUGGUUUGUGAUACAAACAAUGGUAUUUAGAAGUUAAUCUUGGUCCUUUUAUCUUUCGACCACUCGUGAAACGAUUCCGACCGGUGAUAUUUCCCCGGUGGAUUUUUAUCUAUCAGAAUUUUUAGUACUCGUUUCGAGGGAGGAUAUUUUACAGCCAUCAAAACAGACUGGUGAAACAUCAGCUGAUGCCACCGUUGACGAAAACUUUACCGGUUUUGAAUUUAUAUUAACUGUUGGACUUGUGAAAUGAUGAACUUGGAGUGAGCAUCAAUAGGAUAUGACGGACACAAAUGAUCAGUCGUUCAUCAGGGUCAAAUAUGGGGAUAACCAAGAGGCCAUAUUUAAUCCCUGGUGUUCCAGCUACACCUUGAUGGAGUGGAUUAGAAAAAAAUGCAAUUGUGAAAAUGACAUACUAAUAGACUUGGUGGACAUGGACGGCCAGGUAAAGAAUUUGUCAGCAAGAACCAAAGAAUACGCAAGUGAAGUUGUCAACCCCAGGGAAACUUAUGUACUGAUUCGUGUGGAGAUUUUCUUUCCAGAGAUUGGGGAUGGAAAGUACAACUAUACCUCUCUUUUGAAUAAUCUGGGGGAUGUCAACCCAGACUUGUUUGGAAAAUUAAGCGUCAUGUCUCGACCACAGACAAGAGUGAAAGGAAAGAAGAACAACAAACCCCUAAAAACCCCGAAAGGUAGUCGUAAUGAGUCCGCCACCAAAAGACCAAAGAGCAGCGAGAAGAAAAAAUAGGUUUCACAGGGAAGCUCCCCAAACAGGGACCAGUCAAAGAAGUGCAGGGCUUUUCCAUGUUGAAAUUUCAUAUUGAUCAUUUUGUUUUCAAAUAUGGACAUAUUUUCAUAUUUGUAUAAAAACACAUACUGGAGAAUUCCAAAGCUGUCAAUACUUAUAGAAUGGCAUGGUUUUGAUAUGGAUUUACAGAACUUCAUAAUAUCGCUUGAUAGGGUAAUGUUUUCUGAAUUGCCAAUAUGUAAUUCUUUUUUUUUUUAUUUAUUUAUUUUUUUUUUUUUACAAAAUAUAUGUUAGAUGUAUUUUUAUGCGUUAUAGAAAUUAAAUAAGAGGAAAUUCA